GGAAGUUACUGCUUAUAGUAAGUGCUACGUUCUAGCGUGGUUUCUUGAAGAAUCUCCCCAACAUUAGAUAUUCCACCAAGGGCCUGAUGUUGGUCUUUUCGCCCUUAAGGAACAUAAGAGACAUAAGGGGAUUCUAAGUGCGAACAUGGGUGCUUCAAUUAGGGGAAAAACAUAUAACCAUAGCCUUUUCAGCAAAUUGCACCGAUGGUGUAGGUGCCACCAACUUUUGCAUAUGUACAUGGUCCUAUUGCAAAUAGAAUACUACACAAUGCUUACAUGUUUCUUUUUCAUGUAGCUCAAAGAGAGAAGCUGCUGGAGAAGCAACUCCACAGCAUAAUUGAACAGUUGACAUCAAAGCAAGUACAAGCAGAAGGACUCAUAACCGAGAUACAAACUAAAGAGAAAGAAUUAGAGAGAUUGAACUCACUACGAAGGAAGCUUGAUAGUAGCAACACAGAUUUAAAUACCACAAGAAACCGAUUUGGGAAGAGCUUCGCAGGAUCUGGCCCUCUUGUAGAAUAUGCAAUUGAAGCCCAUCGAAGACCUCAUCAUACAGGCAGCAGAACAGAGAGCCAGCAGAAUCUAAUGCUUCUAAGAUCAGCUUUCAUUUUGUACAUAUUGGCCCUUCAUGUCAUCGUCUUUAUAAAGAUUUCUUCAUGAAUCACACUUUAGUUGAUUUUU